CAGGUGUUCCUCAGGUGUUCCUCAGGGCGCGUGAGCAGAGCGUCCUCGCUGUGUUUUAUCUGGAGUUCAGGAGCUGCUGCCUCAGAGAAUGAAACUCCUCAGACUGUGGGACGUUCUGCUGUGGGAGUGGGAGCCAGAUCUGACGGACAGGCUGGGUCUGAGUGCAGGUUCUGGAUCUACUGCGUUCCCUCAGAGGCGGCUGAUGUCCUUGAUGUCCGGUGCGAUGGCCAAGUUGCAGGGCUUUGACUUCUGGCGGACGACGCUGAAGGGUGCGCGCUUCGUGGUGGCGCCCAUGGUGGACCAGAGCGAGCUGGCGUGGCGCCUGCUCAGCCGCAGGCACGGCGCUCAGCUGUGCUACACGCCCAUGCUGCACGCUCAGGUUUUUGUCCGAGACGCCAACUACAGGAGGGAGAACCUGUACAGUGAGGUCUGUGAGGAGGACAGGCCUCUGAUCACACAGUUCUGUGCCAACGAUCCUGAAGUGUUUGUUCAGGCGGCUCUGCUGGCCCAGGAUUACUGCGACGCCGUGGACCUGAACCUGGGCUGCCCGCAGAUGAUCGCCAAGAGAGGACACUACGGGGUUUUCCUGCAGGACGAGUGGGACCUGCUGGAGAAGAUGAUCAGGUUAGCCCACGAGAAGCUGUCUGUCCCGGUCACGUGUAAGAUCCGUGUCUUCGAGGACGUGGAGAGGACGGUACGCUACGCCCAGAUGCUGGAGAAGGCUGGAUGUCAGCUGUUGACCGUACACGGCCGAACCAAAGACCAGAAAGGCGCCAUGACGGGCGUCGCGAGCUGGGAACACAUCAAGGCAGUGCGGUCGGGGGUAAACAUUCCCGUGUUUGCCAACGGUAACAUCCAGCACCUGAGCGACGUGGAGCGCUGCAUCCAGGAAACGGGGGUGGAGGGCGUCAUGAGUGCAGAGGGGAACCUCCACAACCCAGCGCUGUUUGAGGGCUGCAGCCCCCCCGUGUGGGAGAUGGCAGAUGAGUACCUGGAGGUGGUAAAGCAGCACCCCCCCUGCUCCCUGUCCUACGUGAGAGCGCACCUCUUCAAGCUGUGGCAUCACACGCUGCAGAUCCAUCAGGACCUGAGGGAGGAGCUGGCCAAAGUGAAGACGCUGGAGGCGCUGGCUGAUGUCAGCAGCCAGCUGAGGCGGCGCUGCCAGGAGGAGAGGGCGAAAGGAAAGGGGGCGGAGCUAAGAGAGAGCAGCCUGCCCCUCCCUCACUGGAUCUGCCAACCGUAUGUUAGACCACAGCCGAAGCCGCCACUCUCUAACGGUUCCUGUCAGGGCUCAGAGGUGAAGACGGCGGUCUGUAAGAAGAGGGCGCUGGAGGACCUGGACGGAACCGCCCAAAGCCUCUCCAAAAACAAGCAGAAGAAAAGAUCCCGGAACCCCAAGAAGAACUUUAGUCCGGAGCAGAAACCCAAAUACCUCAAAUGUGAGCAGUGUGGAAACCCAAAGGGAAAUAAAUGUGUCUUCAAUCUGUGUCGAGGAUGCUGCAAGAAGAAGGCCUUCAAAGAAGUGGCCGACUGUCCAAGCCAUGGACUCCGGUUCAAAACCAAAGCAGAGAAGCGUAAAGCUGAAGAAAGCGGACGGAACGAAGGCAAGCACACGGAGAAGAAAACCUGCUCCCCACCGCCUACAGCAGAGUUAAGCCCAAAGCUUCAGGAGCAACCAGAGCGCCCUCUGCUGCUGUGAGCGCCGUACAGCCGCCCCGCCUGCCGCUGUGGCUGUGACUCCAUCCAAACCUGAGAAAGUUGACGGGCUUUUCUGCUGCGACCAGAGGAGGACGGGAGCAGGCCGAGUUCAGUCAGGCUGUGCUGCUGCUACAUGGACCGCCUCUGUGGCCGUGAGCUGGUCGCGCUUCAAGUCCCACACUUCAUGUUGGAGUCCUCAAAUAUACACAGUAAAGGUGUAAAAACAAACUUGAAGUUCUAAUUAUUUCAUCAGUCACUUUUUAUAGAAGAUUUUGAAAUAUUAUUUAAGCAAAAGUUACUUUAAAAUAACAAUUGAGGAAAGUUUUUUGAGAGUAGACUUUAACUUUACUUUGAAAUUACUUCCUGGAAAAAGAAGCUUUUAUUUUGACGGGGGAUCUACAAUGAACUCAUGAAAAUGCUAAAAGGUCAGAAUUUUUAAUGGUCUCCAUUUUCAGUUCAGUUUGGUUACUUUUUUGACAGCGGUGGAUCCAGAGGCUUUUAUUUUGAAAUAAAACUUCUUCCUGUU